UUUUGAUUGAUCUUGUGAUCGGCUGUCUGUCUGUCUGUCUCUGUCUCUCUCUCCCUCCUUUUUUUUGGCCUUGUCUUGUGUGGUGGCUGCGAUUCUGGGCAAUUCAAGAGGGGGACUUGGAAAUUAUUCUAGUCUAAUGGACGUACGGAUCCGCUGCUCUGUUGUGCUUUAUCCAGCCGAUCGGGAUAUGCAAAGGGACGAUGAUUUUAACCCGCUGAGUUCUUUUUACUGAAAUUGAUCGGAUUCACAGACGCGCGUAAAAAUACUCGACUGACAAUCGGGAGGACGCAUUUAAACACGGAUUUUUUUUUUUUUAGGUGUGAUGAGACAAAGGAACAAAGGAUGCCUUAGAGGAGAGGUUGCCUAUAUGCCUGGAAACCUCUUCAAAGCACACCGCCAAAUGGAUCUAACACCUCCCCCUGCCACCUCUAGAUCAUGAUACUUGGCUGAAGCUAUUCCGCUAUCUUUAUGAUCCCUCCUCCAUCUAUGGCGAACUAUAGCCAUGCAGGGGACCACACCAUCUUGCAGAAUGUCUCUCCUCUCGCCACGUUCCUCAAACUGACCUCUCUGGGUUUCAUCAUUGGAGUCGGUGUGGUUGGAAACCUCCUGAUCUCCAUCCUGCUGGUCAAAGACAAGAGCCUACACCGAGCGCCCUACUAUUUCCUGCUGGACCUGUGCGCCUCUGAUAUCCUGCGCUCUGCCAUCUGCUUCCCCUUUGUCUUCACCUCAGUCAAGAAUGGAUCUGCAUGGACCUAUGGCACGCUAACCUGCAAAGUGAUCGCCUUCCUGGGUGUGCUCUCCUGUUUCCACACAGCGUUUAUGCUAUUCUGUGUCAGUGUCACACGUUACCUGGCCAUCGCACACCACCGUUUCUACACCAAGAGGCUGACCUUCUGGACCUGUCUAGCUGUCAUCUGCAUGGUGUGGACGUUGUCAGUGGCAAUGGCUUUCCCACCGGUGCUGGACGUAGGGACGUACUCUUUUAUCCGGGAGGAGGACCAGUGCACGUUCCAGCACCGUUCCUUCAGGGCGAAUGAUUCGCUGGGCUUCAUGCUCCUGUUGGCUCUCAUCCUCCUGGCCACACAGCUGGUUUACCUCAAGCUCAUCUUUUUCGUCCAUGAUCGUCGAAAGAUGAAGCCUGUCCAGUUCGUGCCUGCUGUCAGCCAGAACUGGACCUUCCACGGGCCAGGCGCCAGCGGGCAGGCGGCGGCCAACUGGCUGGCUGGAUUCGGCCGAGGCCCCACCCCGCCUACCUUGCUUGGCAUCCGGCAGAACAGCAACGCAGCUGGCCGCAGGCGUCUACUGGUAUUGGAUGAAUUCAAAACAGAGAAGAGGAUUAGUAGGAUGUUCUACAUCAUGACGUUUUUCUUCCUGGCACUGUGGGGGCCCUAUCUGGUCGCCUGCUACUGGCGGGUGUUUGCAAGGGGCCCUGUGGUCCCUGGGGGCUACCUGACGGCAGCUGUGUGGAUGAGCUUUGCCCAGGCUGGGGUCAAUCCUUUCAUCUGCAUCUUCUCCAACAGGGAGCUCCGGCGCUGCUUCAGCACCACACUCCUCUACUGCAGAAAAUCCAGGUUACCAAGGGAACCCUACUGCGUUAUAUGAAGGUUUUGCUGUGGUUUUUUUCUCAUCUAUGUCUCUGUUUCCCUGAUUGAUCUUGAUCUGGGCUCGUUCCCAUUGUACAGUGCACUCUCUCUUCUAUCUCUCUUCUCUUCAUCCUCCAGUUUUUCUCCCAUUCCUCCUUCUCCUAACCCUUCUUUUCAGAGGUAGAAGGUGGACUGCCAAUCACGAGGCUCUGCCGGGGGUGAUUGAAUAGGAAAAGUAUCAAAUAUGGAGGCUGAAGGGAAUGGGAAUACGCAGGAGGUCUGGAUCCCCUCCUGUGUUUAUGUUCUAGUAAACAGACAUUGUGGAAGGCCAUGCCAAUGCAGAGAUGCAAAAAGUAAAAAAAGAAAAAAAGAAAAAAGAAUUGACAAAACAAUAAAAACAAAACCUCUUGCUUUGGAUAUUUUCAAGAUGCGUUAUUCUGUGAGGUGUGAAAUACAUAAAUAUGAAAAGAAAAAGAGAAAAGAACAAAAAACAAAGAAAUGAUACCUCUCAAGGAAUCACUGGAAAUGUUUUACAUUUUAAGAGUUGCACUAAAAAGAAGAUGUAAAGAUGCUUUUUUUGGUCAACAGUUGCCAGUUGCAUUGCAAGGACAACUUUUUUUUCUUCUUUUUUUCCAAACUAAACAAUGAAUGCUUUAAUUUGCAACAGACUACACAAUCGCUGUAAGUAAAGCAAAACUUGGUGACUGUUGGAAUACACCAUCACAAGAGGAUAAAAUGGUUUUAAUGUAAGUGAUAUCUUUUUCAUUUACCGGGGCGGGGUGGUGGGGUGGGGCUUAACGAUGGGGAUUUACAAUGUGUGGUUUUGAAGUUGCAACUUAAAACUAGAAAUUAUUUCUUGUAGUUUUACGAUCCAUAUGUCCCUAGUGUCUGGCAUUGUUAUUUUCUUAUCACCUUUUACAAAAAAAAAGAGGAAAAAAAAGAUGAAAUGAUGUUUGGAUUUUAAAAAGAAGUUGCUUUUAAGAACAACCUUGUGCUUAAAAAAGACAUUGAAGAAGUAGUUAAAUGUUUCAUCAUAUCCAUGUACCUAAACACUAUCAUAUUGUUACAGUAUUGCUGAUGCCACUCCAGGUGUUCUUGCCUUAAUGGUUAUGAUAUUGUCAUGUUUCUUGGUUGUUGGGUUAUUUCUUUUAUUUUAUUUUUUUCAUUCACUCCUAAAAAGUCGUUUUUUAGAUGCAAGGGGAGUUUUUUUCUUUAUCACAUCAAUGUGAAGUGCAUGUCCAUUUUUUAAAAGCUGGUCCACUCCCAUGAGCAUCACAGGCCAUACACUGAGCAGCCCAUUUUUAUUCUGCAAUGGUUUGCUACACCCCACCGAGUGCUCAGAGCACAGGGAGUGUGUGUGCGUGCGUGCAUGUGUGAGUGAGUGAGUGUGUGUGCGCGUGUGUCAGUGGGUGCAUGUGUGUGCGUUUCAGAGCGUGUGUGCUGUGUGGAUCAGACAACAGUCACUUCAAGACCAGAGCCUUAGUAUGAAAUCUUGCACAAUUUGUAAAAAAUGUAAAAGGAAAAAAAAAAAAAAGACAUUUAAGGCACACCGUCUUGUUUCUACUUUCCCUACAUUUGCUCUCUACUGAUUGUUUUCAAUGACUUACUUUUUUCUCUUGUGGCCAUUUUAAUAUUUAUUAUGUAUUCUUUUUUGUAUAUUAUAGAUAGAUUGUGUGUAAGUAUGUGAGUCUUUCAUUUUGAAGUCCCGAAUGUGAGUACAGUUUCAGUUAGGAUUGCAUUUGCUGAAAGUUAACUGUGUAAUCUGUUGCUUUUUGAAAAUAAAAAGUUUCCAUUUUACAA